AUGUUGCCAAAUGAUGAGGAGAAGAAGACUCCGAAGUCGAAGGAAGGCCAACGCAGAAGACCGGGCGGUAAGAAGGGCAAGAAGACAGCAGUGAAGCCGGAACCAAGUGCAUCCCCGAGCUUGUCCAGUGCUGCUGAGGAAUUGCCGCAGCCCCCUGCUCGAUACUUCCCGACUCCAAGGAAUGCGUCUGCGGGUCCAUCAACACGACCGGUGAAGCUGGACGCGUACGAAGAACCUGGUCCAUCGACGCGACCUGUGAAGACGGAAGCGUACGAGGGACCGCAGGCUGCUCCCUUGCUCUUCCUACCGGAGGGCGCGCCCUCGAGUUCUCUCCAGCAUCCCAACGUAGCUGCCGCUCUACAUGCUCCACAGAUUUCCCGUAAUGCUCCCCAUAACGCACCAAGCUCUCAAGCUACGACUUUCACGCAACCACAGCUCACGCUCACGCCACACGCCCCUCCAACGCACACCAUGCAGCAACUCAUGUAUCUUGCCAAUCUCCCUGCACCCGCAGGACCGCCCCGACCGCCGUCGCAGCCCCUCUCACCUCUCCCGCUCCCACCGCUGCUGAACUGGCCCUCCUUCGGGCAACAACGGAGGCUCGAAGAGCUGCACCGCCGACCGCCUGAUCUCCCGCCCCCGCCUGUCCCUUUCUUGCUUCGCCCUCCUCAGGCUCCACCACAGUUCACAGGUGUUCCCCGGCCGAGGCCGUUGCCGCGCGCGGUGCUCCCGCUAACUCGCCUGCAGAGGGAGCAUGCCGCUCAGAUGCGCAGGUUACGUAUGCAGAAGGCUGGCAUGGGAAUGGGGCCCCCGCCGGUGCCGGGCACGCGAGGCCAAUCUGCAGGCAGCAACAACUUCAACGGGAAUAACAGCAGCAUGAUUGGUCUAAUGCCAGCACCGCCCAGCACGGGUGUAGGUGCUCACGCGCAAGGGCAGCUUGGCCCCAUCCCGCCCUGGGGGUCGGGACAGACUGCGCGCGGGGUCUACAACUCCGCUGCAACAGCAUCCGCGCACUCUCGCACUCCUGCAAAUUGGCCUGCAGUCGGCACGCGCCCCGGGGAUGGCGACGCCGCCGCGGCUGCUCGGUGGGCCGCGGCGAAUGCGCGGUACUCCGAGCACGAAAGGAGAAUGGUAAUGCGUACGCACACGCAGAGUUACAUGGCGCCGCUGCCGGCAGGACUCCCUUACUCCAUGGCACGGCCGUCUUUUCACGCGCCGUACUUUCCCGGGGGCGCAGGACCGCCGCCGACUCGGAGCGGGGUAGGCAUGCAUGGUCCAUCUGCUAUACAAGGAACUCGGGGGGUGAGAGCACCAGUCACGCACGCACCUGCUCCCGCGGGCGCGACGCCCCCUGUACCAUAUCAAGCUCCUCAAUUGCCGGUCGCAGGCCCAAGCAACGUCGCCCCGCCGCAGAACGCCCGUACAGUGCCGGAACCCCCGUCGGCAGGCCCGAGCACGAUGCCGGAACCCCCUGCUACAAACAUAAGCUCGAUCAGGGAUCCCGAAAGAAUCGCGUUCGAAGAGGCGGUCGAGCGCAGAAGGAAUUGGAAUCCGGAAGCCGACAUGUUCGCGGGCCACUGCUGGUAUGGGUAUAUGGGGGAGGACGGGUUCAUCCACCCGUUCUACCCUCCACGGCCUUGCGACGGCCAGUGCGAGCAUCACCGUGUCCUCAAGAACGGUCUGGGGGGGAAUUAG